GAUCCCCCUCCCUUUCCCCCUGCACUACAGCAACCUUCAUAUCCAGUCCCUGUACAUGUGUGUGCGUGCGGCACUCUCAACUAUUCCUCCCUGACAUUCCACAGCAGAUGUGGGAUUGACUGCUGGGAUACAGAAACAGAGAAAGUCACGGGAAUAUUCUUUGGAUCUGUGCAUUUUUAAAACUACUUUGGAUCAAACCUUCAGUGCUUUUCUUCUUUCAGACAUUUGGAUGAAGCUGUUGGGAAACAGCAUCAUUACACAGACUCUGCUACUGAAACUUCCAAUUUCUUUGGGGAUUUUAGACUUUGGGGACUAAACAACCCCAGGCAGCGUACACUAGAAGAUCCUAAACAAAAGGGCUGAAGAAGCCCUGUGAUCUCUACAAUGGCAGACGUCAUGCAGCUCAGUCCCAACAGUCUACAAAUGCCAGGUGAUGAUAGAUCAGCCUGUACAUCUCCAUCUGGUUCUCCAUCUCCUUCCAGAAAUGAGUGCAGCAUCACUCCUCUCACUCCUUCCCCCUCUCCGCGGACAGAGGUUAGACCACGAGUGGCUCGUCCAUUUUCUGUGGUUGUUGCUAUAGAUUUUGGCACCACCUCCAGUGGCUAUGCAUUCAGUUUCACAGAAGAUCCCGAGACCAUUCACAUGAUGAGACGGUGGGAGGGUGGUGAUCCUGGUGUAGCCAAUCAGAAGAGUCCAACCUGUCUGUUGUUGACCCCUGACCUCCGGUUCCACAGUUUUGGCUUUGCAGCCCGAGACAGCUAUCACGACCUUGACCCUGAGGAAGCCAGGCAUUGGCUCUACUUUGACAAAUUCAAAAUGAAAAUCCACAGUACUUGUGAUCUCACUAUGGAGACCGAGCUGGAGUCUGUUAGUGGAAGAAGAGUUCGGGCUAUUGAAGUGUUUGCUCACGCCUUGAGGUUCUUCAGAGAACAUGCUUUAAAGGAGGUGAAGGACCAGUCUUCCUCUGUGCUGGAAGGUAAUGAAGUACGAUGGGUCAUCACUGUUCCUGCGGUGUGGCGGCAGCCAGCAAAGCAGUUCAUGCGAGAAGCUGCAUAUUUGGCAGGUUUGGUGACUCCAGAUUCUCCUGAGCAGCUCCUCAUAGCUCUUGAACCAGAGGCUGCAUCCAUCUACUGCAGGAAGCUCCGUCUACACCAGGUCAUUGACCUCAGUCAACGACCAAUAACCAAUGGUUUAGAAGUGGAUGGGUCCCGCCCUUUCGAUUCCAGUUUUAGGCAAGCCCGCGAGCAGCUCCGCAGAGCCAGGCAUAGCCGAACUUUUCUGGUGGAGAGCGGUACUGGAGAAUUGUGGUCAGAGAUGCAGACAGGUGACCGGUACAUUGUGGCAGACUGUGGUGGUGGGACAGUGGAUCUGACGGUGCAUCAGAUUGAGCAGCCACAGGGCACUUUGAAGGAGCUUUACAAAGCCUCAGGGGGUCCUUAUGGAGCAGUUGGUGUAGAUCUUGCCUUCGAGGCUAUGUUGUGCCAGAUCUUUGGGGCUGACUUCAUUGAGAAUUUUAAAGCUAAACGUCCAGCAGCUUGGGUGGACCUUACCAUUGCAUUUGAAGCCCGCAAGCGCACAGCGGCUCCUGGCCGGGCCAACUCAUUAAACAUCUCUCUGCCCUUUUCCUUCAUCGACUUCUACAAGCGACACCGGGGGCAGAGUGUGGAGACUGCCUUGCGCAAGAGCAAUAUGAAUUUUAUAAAAUGGUCAUCUCAAGGGAUGCUGAGGCUGUCUGCGGAAGCCAUGAAUGAGCUUUUCCAGCCGACCAUCAACAAUAUCAUUAAACAUAUUGAGAACCUGAUGCAGAAGGAGGAAGUAAAGGGUGUGCGUUUUCUCUUCUUGGUUGGAGGAUUUGCAGAGUCACCCAUGCUUCAACGCGCGGCACAAAAUGCACUAGGGCGGAACUGCCGUAUCAUAAUUCCACAUGACGUAGGUCUAACCAUCCUAAAGGGUGCAGUCCUGUUUGGUCUAGAUCCCACUGUUGUACGCGUACGCCGUUGCCCAUUAACGUACGGUGUUGGGGUUUUGAACCGCUUUGUGGAAGGCCGACACCCUCGUGAUAAGCUUCUCAUCAAAGAUGGCCGAGAAUGGUGCACUGACAUCCUGGACCGAUUUGUAAGCAUUGAUCAAUCGGUGGCCUUGGGAGAGGUGGUGAGGCGGAGCUACACUCCAGCAAGAAUGGGACAAAGGAAGAUCAUCAUCAACAUCUACUGCAGUGACACUGAUGACAUAACCUACAUUACUGACCCCGGGGUGAGGAAGUGUGGUGCCAUCACACUAGACCUGCUCGAAUCAGGGGCAAUGGCAGCUAGCGCUGGUGACAACGAUAAAGGUUCAGCAUUUGAACGCAGAGAGAUUCGCACAACAAUGCAGUUUGGAGACACUGAGAUCAAAGUCACAGCUGUUGAUGUGGCAACCGGCCGACUGGUGCGGGCAUCAAUUGACUUCCUGUCCAACUGAUCCUAUUGUGCUGUUCCUGGAGAGAACUGGAAUGUGAAUGUGAAGGACAUUUAACGACAGCUAAUCUUAUCAGUUAAUGGCUUAAAUAAUAGCUUUGAGGUUGAAGAUCUGAAUAUCCAAGGAUUGCAGAUAUAAAAACUGGAAGGUUAAAGGAUAAACUACAAAGCAGCAGCUAUGAGGACGGUCUCUGUAUUAAGUGUACUGUAAGCUUUGUAUUAGAUUCUAAAUUAUAAGAAAUCUUUGGACGGCAGCGCAUUUACAUGAAUUAUCAAAUAAGCUUACAUUUUUUGGCAUAGUUUCUUUAAAUGCGUUUCGUAUUAGUUUAUUAACACAGAGAAACUAGUUUUAGUUCAGUUACUCCUUGUGGUGGUCAUCACACAUACAGUAAAUAGCCAUUAUAUUCCUUCCAGGCUUGCAGACACUUAGUAUUUUAAUUAUCAGAUAAAGCCACUUAAGUGUUUUUUUUUUUUUUUGGUAAACAUAUUCUCUAUAACUGUACACUAAUCAUUUAAAAACUUGUAUCAAGACACAUCUAGUUUUAAAUUAUGAUUGCGCCACCUGGAGGUAAGAAGAGGAAGUGAUUAGUCAGAAUGAUAUUAAGAGGAUGAUUAACACAAAAAUAAAAGUUCAUAUUUUAUGAUUUCCUACACAGGUACAAAACAGGUAGUUACAUUCUGAAAUGCAAUUUGUAAACAUUCUGUUCGAGACAUUUAGAUUUGCUCUUUUUUUUAAGCCGCAGUUAGAAUAGCUAAAGCUUAUGAAAAACUACCUCUCAAGACUUUAAAUUAUACCAGGUUUAAGCUGAAAGUGAUUACAACACUUAUUAUUGACAUUUAAACUUUUAGCUUUUCAUGUUUCUUAUAAGCAAUGUUGAUGGCUUUUUACCUAUCCAGGAGGUAACAUGGAAUCUUCAAGGAUGUUGGUAUUGUUACUAAAAAUGCUGGACAUCAGUCUGACAUAAGGGAAUCAAGCUAGGGCUUAAAUCACAUAACACUGCUGGCAUAUAGUUCCUAAAGUUUGACUUUAGUUUUAUACAUACUUUGAAGCUGUUUAUAUACUAAUCACAAUGCCUGAAAAUAAAUGUUAUUUUCCUUUAACUGUUGUAGUGUAAAUCUUUAAAUUCUAAUGUUUAAAGUCUUUUACCACUCGUGACUAAAACAGUGUUAAAGCACUAAGAAUGAAUGAAAUCACACAAAUAUUGAGAAGCAAAAGUACUGAUUUUAAUGGUCCAAUAAAUAGUUCCACCGAAUGACCAACACAGGAACGUAUCUCAGCAGAGUGCCUGCAUGUCAGUGCUUAUACAGAUCUACAAACUGAUCACUCUUUAUGAGUGUCUGUAUGGUUUGUGUGUGCUCAGACUACCACAAAACAACAUUCAUAUCUCCAACUAUCCAACAGAUGAUUGAAUCCCAUCAAUCUGGAACAAUUAGCAAAAAUGACAUUUUAUUCUGCUUUAGCCUUAGUAAACACACAGAAAUGCUUUGAUUUAAUGGGACCAGAGAGUAACAAAACGGAUCAAGAAAACAAAUCAAGGCCCUGUGAGUGGCCAGCAUAUGUUUUGACUAUCUGAGUCCAGAGGCUCUGCCCAAGACACUACUGGGGAUGGGUGUAGAUUAGUGGGCGUGUGGUCUAC